AUGGCGGCGCAACAGUCGUGGGCAGCAUGGCUGCUCGACUCGUACGCCUCGUCGGUGUCUCCAGUGGCUUCAGACUCUCCCUAUCGUCACCACGAAGCGUCCGACUCAAUAUCCGAGCCUCCACAAACGACGUCUUCCAUGCCCUCAAUUUCCAAUUCCUCCGCCUAUGGCCCCUAUGUACGUACUGGCCGCGGGGGAGCGGGCAAUUUCACGUGGGAAACCAACCUCAAGUCCCGAACGGUAUCCGAAAUCGACCUCGAAGCCCAGAACACGAAGCACUCGUCCCUUGCCGACCGUCGGAAAGCGGCCGCGAAGCUAGAAAACAUCAAUACCGAACGGGACGUCAACAGACAAUACUCCGGGGGCUUUCUUUCUGUCGGCCGCGGCGGUGCAGGAAACUAUGCUUCUACCCGAGAAAUCGCACCUCCUAAACGAAGUCCCAGUUUCCCAGUUAGCAUUAUUAGCGCAGGCGCAAGCAGAAAUACCAGCCCGACCAGUCAAUCGUUUGUGCAUCCAGGUCGAGGAGGGGCAGGGAAUUAUGCAAAUGCAGCUGACAUGACAACGCGCAACGAGACCGAGAAAGAGCAGGAGGAGCGACUUGCCGCAGAGCAGAGAAGGGAACAGAUCGCUGAACAAGUCGACGGACUAUUACAACCACCACCCGGAGCUUGGCUUGGUGGACGGAGAAAGAGCGAGGUUGCAUUUUAA